GAGGUACAUGUAUUUUCAAUGUGAGAGCAAUUUAAUACGGAAAAAUGAUUAAACGUAGCCUACUCUGCUAACAAUGACGGGGUUCAUCAUAAGUUGAAAGAUGCUGACACACCCUGGGAGACUAAAGUUGACCUGGCCAGGUUUGCUUGGGUGUCGCCCAGGUGCAUCCUGCCCAACAAAGAGCAGGUGCUGAUGGAUUGGGCUGCCAACUCACUAUCCAAUGCAAGCAAGCUCAGUGUUCCUGACCUUACAGUCCCCAGACUGUGGCAGUUUCUUGGAGAUGCGCUACGGAGCAAACAACUGAAGACCAUGGGCAGCCGUGCGGAAGCCUUGUCUCUUAGGCCAAGUCUGUUCCCAGUGAUCCUGAGGUGCCUACGACUGAAGGACGUCAAUGUUGAACUCGUCAUCGGAUGUUGCCACUCCCUUGUGGCACACCCAUCCUUGGGGCGCAUCAUCACUGGCACCUUAGACCACCAGGUGCAGUUUCUGUCUGCAGUGGUCUCCCUGCUGACCGAGUUCUUGAGGACAGGGCAUGGCAGCAUUCCUGCCUUGUUGAAUUCGCUGGUCCAGAGGGCCUUUGCAAGUUUUGCUGUACUACAGCGACAGCAGCCCAUCCCUAGAAAGGUUUUCACCAUCGUCUACGAGAGACUACUGGGACCAUUAUUGAUGCUGAAUCACACCAUCUCAAGUGUCGACGAACCAAUAAAUGAGUCGUUUAAUGACACAUUAAAAUGUAUUCAAGAUCUUGUAGCAAGCGGGCUUUUCAACAGAGACUUUGUGGAAGGUCACACUAAGUAUCUGAGGUCAGUCCCAGGUCAGGUGGUCACUGAGAAGCGGAUGGAAGUGCGGCUGUUACUUGAGUGUAUCUCCUCCCUCUGGAAAAACAUGGCUGCAAAAAUUAGCACCAAGGAAGAGGCAAAUGUUUCCCUGAGCUAUGUGACCGGUAUGCCUGUUGUGUUCAGAGCAUUUCUUAGUCAGAAAUACCCAAGUGAUGUCACAUUUGCCAUGUUCUGCAAACUCUGUUGCAUCAUGGGUAUUAUGCCAGCUGAGGAGCAUGAUGGGAAGGCCAUGACUGGAGUUGACAGUCAACAAACAACCUCAGGUGGUGUCGCAGACAGAGUGUCAGGAAAGAUGUUCUCAGAGCUGGAAAAGAGUCUGUCGGACAAGUGGACUGCGGGCCAGCCAGCCCUCGGCAAACUCCUCAAAGUUCUCCUGGAAAAACGUAUUUACGAGGUUGCCACUGAUAACAUGUCUGGUAAGACCCAGUUCAGUUGGCUCCAUUCCCUCAUCGGCAGACUCGUCAACUAUGCUGAUAGUUCUCAUCCAGCGUGGUACGUCAGUCUCAGCACAGCACUGGACAUGAACCACCUCUUGCUGGAAGACCGACUGACGUCAGUCUUGAAGGAGGCCCUCUGUUGUUCCGAUCAGGCCAUCCUUGCGUCAACCACUCAACAGGAGAGGGACAUUUUCCUGAAGAAGUUGCUGGUCACCUACACAAAACUGAGACAGUUUGAUCGGGUUAUCUCUGCCAUGAUGGAAGUCUGCAGGACGUUGGCAGCAGCUGAUGCAGAAGUGUUUGUGUAUCCAACACAGUUUACUGCUGGUUUUUCAGAGAGUGUCCAGUUGUUACCCCCUGGGCUUACCCUGGACAUCUGGAAACAGUUCCUGGAUGAAUUCCUCACCAACUACCUGCCAGAAAUCACCCAGGAUGCCCCGACUCACCCCUCUCCACCCCCACGCAAAAGGUCCAAGCCUGGCAACAGAAGGUCGGAGGUGAACCUGACAGCCAUCACGGCGACUUUCAACCUUUUCCUGCGGAGCGUGCGAUUGGUGGAAGGAAGCCUGACCGUUCCAUUACUGAAGCGGGUGGAAGAGCUGAUGAGUGAAACCAAAGAUGGACUGCUUGCACCCCUGUUGCAUUUCUGCAAGGAAUCACAGCCUUCAAUUGAUCAGGUCCAUGCCACCCUUCUCCUGUGUUACGUGUGGGGGGAGUUGCACCUUCUCUUGGGCCAACACACCAACUACCACGACAGGCACACGUUCUCGGCCGUGGUAGGCGAGGCGUUGACGUUUGGGGAUUUCUCAUUUGUGCAUACCUACGGAACCUCCACGGCAUGGUCACACGUGUGUCGGCUGUUUGCUGAAAAGGAAAAGAUAGCCGUGCUGCAGGUUUCCCUCGCUGUCCAGCAAGCACGUGCCUUGCUGCUCUACAGUGAGAUAGGGUCUGAUGUGGCACAACAAUCUCUUAUUGCCAUGGCAACAGCAGCUUGCGACAAAGCCACAGAAAGUAAACCAAGCUCAUCAAGAAAAUCAAUACUCAUGGUUCUGCUGGAGAAUCUCCCCUUUCUCCUGCCCUUUCUCCCCACUCACCAAAUCACCACCCUUGCUAGUCUCCUCUGCCAAGUGCUGAUGACCUGCGUUACAGAUUUGAGGCUGGCUGGUAGUCUCCAAGACCAGCAGAGGCUUUUGUCUAACACUCACAGUGACAUGAACCAAGAUAUGGAGUUGCACAGAAUGUGCGAGGAAUUUGUUGGAAGCGAGUUCGUCAUGGAGUCUAGGCAGCUUCAGAUAGCCCUGGUGACCUCGGUGUUAGGUCAACUGUCAAAGGUCAUUGGGUCACUGAGUGUCGGCCCCGCUUGUACAAGAAUUCUUCUUGCAUUGGCCGAGGCAGAUGUCACGAUUACCUGUGAUGAGGGAGACACAGUAACGAAGAAAUUGAGAGAAAUCACCUUGGACUGUAACAAGUUGCUCUCUAGCGCUAAGAGGGGCAAGCCAGCUUACCAUGGCAAGCCUAGCAUUUGGAGAUCAUUGGAAGAUGUGUUGAAGGUUUUGUGCUACUUGCCCCUCCAGCACCUGCUGCCUAACAACAAGAUCAGAUGCAUGCUGGGACUUCUCACCACUGACUGCGCCCUCACCGUUGCUUCCCCGAAGGAGGCCCCGGGUUCUCCCUACCUGUCAGCCGUGUUGCUGUGCCGACAGCUACAGACAGGCAUUUUGAAAAGCAUCGCCAACAAGGCCGAAUUUCUCACGGGCCUUGAUGUCUGGAGUAUUCUCUCUUCAGUGACCAAAUCAUUCAUUGAUUCCAACAAGAAGAAGAUGAGCAGGAAAAGUGUUGAAGAGGUUGAUGGCAUAUUGAACGACAUCACAGAAGAGCUGCUCACCUGUUGGCUGAAACGACUGCGGCAGCUGCCCAAUCAGGAAACUUCUUUCAGAGAUUACUCUCAUAUGAUCAAGUCUAAGUUGGAGGAUCUCAGCCGACACCUUUCCCACGCAAGGAACUCUCAGCAAGUCCUGUCUGCAAAUAUUCCACUUCUAACGGUCGCCACGGCUCUUCUGAGCUCCCUGAUUGCCAGCAGGGGCUCACCUGGGUCCCCGGGGAGCAAUUGGUCAUAUGACUUGGAACAACCAAUCAUAAAGAUGCUCAACGGUGUGCUUGGGUGCAAUCGGGGUGCAAGCACCUGCCCGAGAUUGCUAACCUGUCUGGCGAAUGUUGGGACAGUUCUCAUGAAAUUCACUCUGCGGACAGUCAGAACAGACAAUCUGACCUCGACUGUGGAAUCAGGAGUUGAAUGGGAUUCAGCUGUUAAAGAGGAUACCAUGGAAACAAGCGUUGUCAUGGCACCUGAUACCAAGGAGAUGUGGACUGAUGUCUUGAACCCCGUAUUGCAGGAAAUUUGUACGUGCCUUGGCUCAGCUGAGGAGAGCAACCUCAUGAUUUGUGCAUGCCUGGCGUUCAUGCAGACAAGCAGCCUUUUCAUUGGUCAGUGUUGUGAUGCGGGCACAGUGGGCAUGGCUACCAGUGAGAUGUGGCAGGCAUUGGUGUCACUCAUGGGGACCAGGGAUCAUUUGGGCAAGAGUAUUAUGGACGACAUAAAGAGCACCCUUGUAGUUUUUAUCCAGACCAUGGACGUGGUUCAGUUCUGCUCAUUGCUGAGCGAUCUUCUGCAAGACUUGUCACUCAAAGGGGAGCUGGAUGCUGAUUGCUGCUCACAUCUGCGGGGUCCCUUGGUUGCUUGGCAACUGUUACCAACGAGCUGCGCUGCAUCAGAGAAGGGCCAGGGUGCACUCGGUGACGUCAUCCCUCAGGUGAUGUUGAACUUGCUGGAAGUGCUGAAGACUGCUGUAAAGGAUUGGUCUGUUGGUGGCACUGUGGCCAUUUCAGUUCUUCAAGCUGUGAACAGUCUUACAGGGCAAGGAAAGUGCCUAGUGUCACCGGACGAGGCCAUGCAUGCCCAGUAUUUCUGCCUGAUGGUGCCCUUCUCCAUGGUAACCGAUGCCGAGUUCCCACUGGCCUUCAACACACUGUGCCAAGUUCUGAGAAGCCUUCUGAUUGGCUACCCGAGGACCGUGAUGAGUUCACUUGCCAGUUACCUCGCCUGUCUACAGCAUCUUCUAAAGGCUCUAAUGCGUAGGGGCCAGCAGAGGCGCGACUGUGCUGAUAGACUGAGCGAUCAGGACUUGUAUAUGUGUGCAGAGAACAUGGAAAGGUUGCUGACGCAGCUCGCCAGCCACAAGAAUGAGAUCAAACAGCUCGCCGUCUUUCUGGUCUCGGAUUACAUCGCUGAGCUGGAGCAGGGAACGCUGCUUCCGUUCUUCAAAAAAGCUUUGGUGACUGGUGUCUACAAUCUCCUGGACGUAUGUGAUGAGAGAGCAGUAGAUUAUCUCAAUGCCAACUUGCCCCGCAAUCUCAGGGAAAUCUUCAAGACAUUCUACUCGGACUUCCAAAAAUAUUAUAGAUAUUCAGGAAAAAUUUGACUUUUCACGGAAAAGCAAAGCUACAGAGUGUCUAUGUCAUUUGUUUAGUUUUUGGACAUUCACUAUCAUCUUAACAAUUUGUUUGCUAAAAGCAAUUGACAUAAAGCUAUUCUAAAAGAUAAAAGCUGAUUCCUGAAGAGAAAAAUGAAAUUGUUUAAAAGUAUAUCUUUGGGUGAGAUUAAACAGUUUCUGAAAACUGUUUCCAAACCAGGUGGAUAGAGUUGAUAUGUUUGAUUCCAAAUUUGCAAAAUGCACUUUCAUUUACUUUCUUCGUUUCAAAUUCUUAUAAGGAUUCACAUUAUGGAAGUAUGCAGCUGAUAAUCGUAGCCGUUUAAGGUUUACAUUAAAAACAGUCUGCAAAAAUAAAAACCUGGAAAUACGAACCUAAUAACUUUUUUCAGUACCGUACACAUGCAUGUAUGGUGAGGCAGUGUGGUCACUAGUGCACGUCCAGAUUCUUUGUACUCCAAGGGACUGACCAGAAGACCCUCCUGUGGUCACUCAGGUCCAUUGGGGGAUGAAAUAGACGUGCACUAGUAACUGAAUUAUGCCAGUCCAUCCUGGUCACUCACCGGCCCAUGGGGGUAUAGACGUGCACUAGAAAUUGAGUUUUGCAUAUGUGUUUCACCACAUAACCGUCUCCAAAUUUCAAAUAAGAAGCAACACCAUCCGGCUUUGUAAUUGAACUGUUUUUAAACUCAACAAAUUAACUUUUAAGCGUUUCAUUAACAAGUAGUUCAUCAGUAAAGGAACUCCAAUACCUUAACGAGAUUCAGGUUUCGAGUUGUUCUUCGCCCUUCACAUCCUCAGAGGGCCAUGUAACCUCAAAUUUUUAACAACGGUAUCUUUUGUCAUGCUAUGCUGAAACAUAUGUUGUUUUAAGCCUGAUUUAGCCAUCCCUGGUGUAGAACAAAUCUAAUUAUUCAAUUGCAAUUGAUGUAGAAAUAAAUGUAACAUGUCAUUCCCGUAAGGCCUGAGGAGCAUGAA